ACCUCUGUGACGACAUCACUGAGCAUGCGCAGUGGAGUCAAGACUGUCCAGCGCUUCCUAAACACGGAUUCAAACACUUGCGGAUGCUGAUUGUCAGCUGUCAGAUGCUGCAUGGCGUCCUCCUCUGAGGUGAACGUCCACAUGGAGGAGGUGGUGGUGGUUACGACUCCUGACAACAUAUCACAGGCUUCAUCCCCAAAUGAGGAGAAAAAUAUACUGGUGGCCACAGACCUGGAAGAUUCUGAGGAAAACAUUGUGGAGCAAAGCAUGGAGUCCGAGGCUGAGUCUAGUGGCGCUAUCACCCUGCCUAAGGACACAGUUUUAGUGAAAAUAUCUGACGAUACAGAUGUAGAGGGCGAUAUUCUCUACCCAAUAACCUGUGGAGACAGCAAAGCCAACCUCGUGUGGAAGAAGUUUGUGUGUCCUGGAAUCAACAUCAAAUGUGUGCAGCUGAACGAGCAUCUCAUCAGUCCAAAGGAGUUUGUUUACAUCGCAGGAAAGUCCACACUGAAGGACUGGAAGAGAGCCAUUCGCCUCAAUGGGACCAUGCUGAGGAAGAUCAUGGAUUCGGGCGAGCUGGACUUUUAUCAGCACUCCAGACUGUGUUCAAACACCUGCCGCAGUACUAAGAUUGACCUGGUGGGGUCUCGGGGGUCCCUGAGCAGCCAGCAGUCCACAGAAACAGCUCCUGCGACCCCUGCUUCUACUGACGUGAACGGAUCAUCAUCUUCAUUCUCCACAGAUGUUGAAGACAGCACUGAAUGGGUCACAGCUAUCGGAGAGGACACCAUGACAUUCUGGAGAGGAUUGAAGGAUGCUGGGAUGCUGGAGGACGUGAUGGAGGACCUGCAGAAAGAGAUACAGGAGAUUCUCAAAGGCCUUGAGGAGCGAAUCCAGGACCCUCCCCUGCAGGUCAAAGAUGCUGCUCUCCUCAACAAUAUCGUUCAGAACUUUGGCAUGUUGGAUCUGGUGAAGAAAGUUUUGGCCAGUCACAAAAGUCAGAUGGACCGCUGCAGAGAGCAGUACACUCGCAGCUUAGUGGCCCUAGAGCAACAGUGUGAUGAGCAUCGCAAGCGUGCUAAAGAGCUGAAGAGUAAAUCGCAGCACCUCAACAACGUCCUGAUGACCUUGACCCCCGUGACCUCUCCACCCACCACCAAACGUCCCCGUCUGACCCGCGCCGUCUCCGGUCCCGCCACUGUCGCCAGUACACCCGCCCAACCCGCGCACUUCACCCUUCCCAUCACACAACUCACUGGCUUCCCGCUGGAAAAAGUGUUGUCGCCGCAGACUCAGUCUCCUCUGAUUAGCGGAUAUACAUUGCUUACAUCACCAGGAGAAAUCCAGCAGGACGGCUCCAAUUUGGCCAUGUUGAGCACCGCUGGCCCUGGCGGACCCACUAUUGUCAAAGUGGUCAGUCCAUUUCAGCUGGUCACAUUGCCCACAGCCGGAGGUGGAGCUACGGUGCAGAAUUUGGCAGCCCCCGUAGGAGGCGCUGCAGGUAACACUGUUGUAGCAGUGCCGGUUAGUGCUAUCAAUACCGUAAACACUGCCACUGUGGAGACAGUCGGACCACAGGCUGAAAACGCUUCAGAUGCAAAAGACGACCAGGAGUAAAAACGUUUUGAAUUUAGCAUAAUGAUGUAGUUUGUAAACAGAUUUUUUUUUGUUUUAUUUGAAUUGUUGCAUUUGAUUUAAUUGUAUUGUAAAAGUUCAAUAACAUAAACUCUGCCACUGUGGAGUCUGUCGAACGGCAGGCAGAAAACACUUCAGAAGUGGAAGUAAAACCGAAAGUGAAACCGUUACGAAUUUAGCGAAUUUAGCGAAUAUGAUGUCAUUUUUGCAGUUUUAUUUGAAUUGCUUCAGAAGCGAAAGACAAGCAGAAAGAGUUAAACUGUUUCCAAUUUAGUGCAACAUAAAUGUAUGAUAUAUUUUGAAUUGUUGCUUUGCAUUUGAAUGAAUUGUAAUUGUAUUGUAAAAGUUCAAUACCGCCAUCGCUGCCACUUUGCAGACUGUUGGCCCGCAGGCAGAAAACGCGUCAGAUGCAAAAGACAAGGAGUAAAACCAUUACGAAUUUAGCAAAUAUGAUGUAAUUUGUUUUGCAGUUUUAUUUUAAUUGCUUCAGAAGCAACCAUGACAACCUAAAGGAGUAAAACUGUUAUGAAUUUAGCGAAUUUAAAAAAUUUUAUGUAAUUAGGAAACAUAUUUUUUGGAGUAUUAUUUGACACGUUGUAUUGGAUUUAAUUGAAAUUGUAUUGUAAAAGUUAAAAAACGCAAACUCUGCCACUGUGGAGACAGUCGGACAACAGGCUGAAAACGCUACAUAUUGGAAAGUAAAACCAUUACGAAUUUAGUGUAGGAUCAAAGUAUGAUGUAAUUUGUAAACAUAAUUUUUUUGGAAUAUUAUUUGACUCGUUGUAUUUGAUUUAAUUGUAUUGUAAAAGUUCAAUAACGUAAACAGUGGCACUGUGGAGACAAAAAACGUUUCAGAAGCGAAAGUAAAACUAUGACAAAUGAGAUGUAAAUUGUAAGCGUAAUUUGUUUUGCAGUUUUUUUUUAAUAGCUUUUAGAAGCAGAAGACAACCAAGAGUAAAACCAUUUCGAAUUUAGAGCAGCAUCAAAAUGUGCUAUCAUUUUGUUUGCAGUUUUUUUUUUUUUUUUUGCAUUGCAUUUGAUUUAAUUGUAAUUGUAUUCUAAAAGUUCAAUACCGUAAUCACUGCCUCUGUGGAGACAGUCGGCCCGCAAGCAGAAAAUGCUUCAAAUGUGAAAGAUGUGUGUAAAACUGUUACGAAUUUAGCGCAGCAUCAAUGUAUGACGUCUUUGUAAAUAUAUAUUUUUUGCAGUUUUAUUUGAAUUGCUUCAGAAUUGAAAGAUGAGCAGCGGUAUAAAGCGAAUUUCGAAUAUAGCGCAUCAUUAAAAUAUGAUGUCAUUUGUAAAGUUUUUUUUUGCAGUCUUAUUUGAAUUGCUUUAGAAGCGAAAUACGACCAGAAAGAGUAAAACUGUUUUGAAUUUAGCGCAGCAUCAAAGUAUGAUGUAAUUUGUAAACACUUUUUUUGGAGUAUUAUUUGAAUUGUUGCAUUCGAUUUAAUUUUAAUUGUAUUGUAAAAGUUCAAUACCGUAAAUUCUGCCACUGUGGAGACAGAUCACAGGCAGAAAAAGCUUCAGAAGCGAAAGUAAAACUUACGAAUUUAGCGCAUCAUCAAAAUAUGAAAUAAUUUGUAAACACACACACACACUAUAUAUGUAUAUUGCAGUUUUAUUUAAAUUGCUUCAGAAUAAAAAAAUGACCAGGAGUAAAACAGUUUCAAAUUUAGCGCAACAUCAAAGUAUGAUGUUUUUUCUAAACAUUUAUUUUAUUUGUUUGCAAUUUUGUUUGAAUUGCUUCAGAAUCGAAAGGCGCCCAGGAGUAAAACCGUUUCGAAUUUAGCGCAGCUUCAAAGUAUGAUGUUACAUUUAAUUAAAUUGUAACUGCAUUGUAAAAGUCGGACCGCAGACAGAAAAUGCUUCAGAAGCAAAGACGACCAGGAGUAACACCAUUUCGAAUUUAGCGCAACAUCAAAGUAUGAUGUCAGUUGUAAACAUAAUUGUUUUGCAGUUUUAUUUUUAAUUCUUGCAUUGCAUUUGUUUCAAUUGUAAUUUGAUUACAAUGUGGUGAAACAUAUGCUAACUUAUGUUUUAUACGUAAUGUGUCAAGUCAGUGAACUUUUUUUUUGUUGACCAGAGUGUGUAAUUUGUAGCUAUGAAGUCUUUUGGAUAUAAUACUCACACUUUAAUUUAUGCUGUUCUCAAUAAACUGCAUUUUUUAACAGUGAUGAAUUUCUGAAAGUACUAAAAAAAUAAAUGACUGUAUUUGUGAUCUUUUAUUUAAAAUGGAUUAACUUGGACUAUCUUGUCUGGCAAAAUAAGCACGAGCAGCAUAGUUCAA